AUGAUAUCCUUGGUCAAGAGAGUACUGGGUAUCCAAAACGACCGCACUGGCCGGCGUGCCUCACCUACGGACGACCCAGUGCUAAGCGCAAGCAGCUACGCCGAGCGCACCUCGGACGAGCAGCUACAGUCGCACGGUAGCUCGAGCCUACAGAGAACGAGUGACGCUCUACGGCUCGAGAGUUCGCGCAGCGUCUUGGACAACGAUGACAACGAACCGGAGCUCGAGCUCGACGCCACCAAGUAUCCAUCGUCCCUUGGCCGAGCCGAGCCGGUUACCACGACGACUUUCAAUGACGAGCAGGCCGUCGAUGCCCUCACCUCGUCCAAGCUCAUCGAUCAGAUCGAUGGCAACCAGAUUGAAGUCAAGCCUGGCGAGUAUUACAGAAACAUCGUUCCAACCCGAAGUGAAAACCUGUCGGGGGAAGACCAGGGGGCUCCGCGGGGCCAGCGUCCGAUAAAAGAGGACGCUCGGUGGUCGGAGCCCCAGGAGCGACAACUGCGGCAGGGGCGACGAGGCGAGUCCACGAGGAUCUUUAGCGAGCACGCGCCUCCACCGCCUCAGCAUUCCGUCUCGCAUCCGAGUGGACAGCAGAGGCAGGCCAAUCCGGACAUUCAGGACAUCAUCACCGGAAUUGUGAAGCUGCUCAACGGCAAGGUCAACGUGGCUGUCAACUCGGCCAAACCUACGAGGCCGGUGCAGAGCACCAGAAUUAACAACAGAGGACCACCACGAAUCUCGGAUCUACCUCCGAUCCCUCCAGACUUCGAUACUCCAGGAAUGAAUCCACCACCACCUCCACCAGAUCAACCCUCAACUUAUGAAAAGCCACCAGCACCGAGUGUACCAUCUCUUAACCAGUUGCUCCCUGAUCGGUCUGGCUCUCCCUUCCUGACUGGCAUCCCAAUUCCAGAAUCUAUUGUACCUCAAAGCAAUCUGCCAUGGAACCGACCAACCAAAUUAGGAACAAGACGUCCGAUACCAGUGUACAAGCCUCAACUUCCGGUCAACGGGACUCUAAAACCAUCAUCUGAUCGCGAUCAGAUCGAGUCCGACAAAACAAACGCAGUGUUGGAUCUGGUCAAUAAAGUUGACCAUCAGCAAGAGUACCAACAUCAAAAACAAAAUUCAGAAGAAAACCGGACGCGCGUGACAACUAGUUCCGAACAAGCUAACCAUUCGGGGACGCUACCAACCGCGACAUCAUCCCAUAAACAACCCCAAUUUGGUCCAACGCGCAAGUACCAAUCCACUUUGAACACGAAAAACGUUAUGGUUGAGAACACUCUGGUGCUGGGUGGAGUACCUCCGUUGGCUCUGCCCAUUCCAAACGCGACGGACAACAGCGAAGACUCCAAAAUAUCCACGUCAAGCAACAAAGCCGUCUUUCAGACAACUUUAAAAGUUGAAACAAGCUCCUCGGUCCGAAUGAUCGAAACAACGUCAACGACAAUUUUAGAGCCAAGUGUGAGGCCAGCAAUUCACAGUGACUUAUCGGAAUCAGUAACUUCUUCAACAAUUUUGAUGCCAUCCACGUCAACCAUAACUUUAGAACCCAGUCGAUCGUUGAUCAUAGGGGCAGACCUAUCGUCAAGUGUGUCAACGCCAACCGAUGGUUUGACAAUGAAUAUCGCGAAGACGUCGACUGUACCAUCAAGACUGGACCAGCCUAUCACAAAUUCGAUUACCUUCUCUAAAGGACAGAGUUCCAUUUACUCUUAUAGGCCACGUCCAGGCAUUGUUUUGGACGAUACUUUAGAUUACACAGGGACUCAAGGAUUAAUUACUCAAAGACCGUACGGACCACCUCGACACCCAUCAAAUCCGAAUACUUUCGACGUUGUGGUAUCGGCUAUACAGGGCCCUGGUGGUUCUGGUACUGGUGAAGUUAGAGUACCAUUAAAUGGUCAUCCUAACGGUGCUGAUGAUAUACUAACGUCACCAGUGGAAGGUCAGGGCUUUGUGAGCAUUGACGGCAAACGAACAUAUCUGAAUUUGUUCGAUAAUACCGCAGCAUCAAUUGAUCCUAGUAAAGUCCAACCACAACCAACCAGAACCCAAAAUGUCCCUGUUCUUGGCUCAGGGUAUGCUGUACCCCAGCAAACAGAGACAGGUACUGGCAGUGCAAUAUCGCCACGUCCAACUGGUGCGAUACGCCGUCCGAUCUUUCAUCGGAGGCCAACUCAGCCACCAGUGAGGAUCGACACGUGCAUCGUGGGCGACACGAGCACUUGUGAUGCUAGUCAGCACGAGACUUGCGCCACCGUACAUGGCGUCUCGGCCUGUCAUUGCAAACCGGGCUUUGCCAGGCUGUUACACACUCUGCCUUGCAAACGAAUCGUUAGUAUCGUUGUUUCGAUUCGAGUUGACAAGAUUUACGACAAGAAGGUGGUAUGGAAUAAAGACCUCAGCGACAAGGAUUCCGAGAACUAUCAAAUCUUGGAUUUCGAGUCUAACAGAGCUAUUGAAUCAGCGAUGUCAAUGACUCCAUUCUCGGAUGAAUACGUCGGAUCGCAAAUAAACAAUGUCUACCAGGGAGAUGUUAGUCAGGGUCAGGGUGGUGUUUUCGUAAACGCUACCCUCAAACUGGCCUAUGAACCAAGGACGGCAAGGCAAAGUCUGGCCGGAGAAUUACAGAAGCACUUGCUUGGCGUCAUACAGAGGAGGUACAACAACAUCGGAAAGAGCGCGCUGUACGUAGAAAGUCCAGCUGGUUCGAUAUCUAAUUUACAAGAUCUGGACGAGUGCGCGUCUAACGAGCUUAACGAUUGUCAUGCUCAAGCAACGUGUGCCAAUACCUGGGGUGGUUUUACUUGUAACUGUAAACCAGGACUUAAGGAUCCUCACAAGAAUGACCAGUUGGUGUCCGGUAGAACGUGUCUAUCCUGUCCAACUUCUCACUGCAAUAAUCGGGGGACAUGUUCCUAUCAAGGAGAUCAAAUGCAAUGCUCAUGUACUGGAAGUUUCUGGGGUUCCCAGUGUGAAGUAGACGGAGAGGUUCUUAGUGUUGCGAUAGGAGCUUCAUUUCUGGCUUUAGUCGUCAUCGUUUUUACGCUUGUGUGCCUGAUUAUGUGGAGUCGCAAAUGGUCAAGAGAGCAAAAGGCCCUAUCUCCCGUCUACGGAUACAUUCAAGGUGGUCUUCCCGGCACGUUACCAGCACGCGUAGGAUCAGUCGGCACGCUAGCCUCUGUCAAACAAGGACCACCAUCGAACCUUCCUCCUUACAUGUGGGCACAAGUUGCCGACCACUUGGCCACUGCUAAUGUAUAUGCAACAGAACCAAUGGGCCCAACUAGGCCGAGCUCUGCAAUGUUCGGCUACCCAACUUUGAGUUUGCAUGGAACGUUGCCACCGGUGCCAUUGCCGCGAUUGCAAGCACCACCACCACGUGCUCGGCAAAGGCAUCACCCACGGCAACCACCUGAACCUGACAGUUCAGAUUCUGAACCUCAAGACAAAGAUCGCGCUGAUCUCAUUCCUCAAAGCAAUUUCACAGCACCUCGACCUAAAUCUCGUGUAUCUAUGGCCAAUCAAAGUGGUAUAUACUACGAUGUCGAGUAUGACCAAGGAGAUGCUCGGCACUUGUCCAAGAAUAUAAUACCGAUGUCCACGUACAGUGGAGCACCAUAUUACCGAACGUGAUCAGCAAUUGCAAUUAAUAGCAUAAGGAAAAUUUGAAUAGAGUGAAAUGACAUUUUUAAGUUAAAAAUGACCGUGAGAUCUAAGCAUUAUAAAUCAUGCAAUAAAAGUGAUGUUAGGAGUUUGUGGGAGAAGGCAAUAAAUAA